AUGGUCAAUGAUCAAGAUAUCGUAGGAGAAGCCCUGGCCAAGGUGCUCCCCCAUUAUGAAAAGGCAUGGUUCAAAAUUCCUCACCUCCUUAAGCUGAACCUCAUUUUGUUGGUCCCACUGCUUUCGUCGGCGGUGGCAGGUUACGAUGGCUCCAUGAUGAAUGGCCUUCAAGCAACAAGCUCGUGGAAAUCAUAUUUCAAUCACCCAUCAGGCUCGGUUCUAGGUGUGAUCAACGCCGCGCAAUCAAUCGGCUCAGUAGUCAUUCUCCCCAUCGUCGGCACCCUUUCAGACAAGCUCGGUCGCAGAUGGACACUAUUUACCGGCAUUAUUACUAUCAUCGUCGCCUCCAUCAUCCAAGCCGCCUCUGUGAAUUAUGCCAUGUUCGUCGUUUCGCGUAUCAUCGUUGGAUGCGGCGGCAUGCUCGUGACCCAGCCUUCUCCCAUGCUGAUUUCCGAACUCUGCUUCCCCACGCACAGAGGCAAAUACACAUCUCUGUUCUGGACCUGCUACUACUUCGGCGCCAUCCUCGCUGCAUGGAGCACGUACGGGACACAAAAACACAUCGGCAACAGCGACUGGGCAUGGCGUGCUCCUUCCAUCCUGCAAGCAGCUUACCCUCUCAUCCAACUCUGUUUCUUCUGGUUCGUGCCAGAAUCGCCCCGUUGGUUCAUUGCAAAUGGAAAACCCGCUGAGGCUAGACGAAUCCUCGCCCGUUACCACACCGGCGGAGAUUCGAACCAUGAACUCAUCGAGUUUGAAAUGGCCGAGAUCUCCCAGGCAAUUGAGGCUGAGCGAGAAGCUGCAUCGACCAAAUGGUCCUCUCUGGUCUCUACAUCAGGAAACCGACGCCGAACAUUCAUCGUUGUCUGUGUUGGCGCUUUCGCUCAAUGGAACGGUGUCGCUGUUGUGUCGUACUAUCUAACUUUGGUUCUUGACACUGUUGGCAUCAAGGAUCCCGAUACUCAAGUCCUGAUCAACGGUCUUCUUCAAAUCUUCAACUUUUGGGCUGCUGCCAGCGCCGCCUUCCUAGUCGAUCGACUCGGCCGGCGCACCUUAUUCAACUGGUCUGGCAUCGGCAUGCUGAUCUCCUUCGUCAUCUGGACCGCUUGUUCUGCCGUCUUCGAUGAGCAAGGCAAUAAAGGCGCUGGAAUCUCUGUCGUGGCUUUCAUUUUUAUAUACUUCUUCCACUACGACAUCUGCUACACGCCCUUACUCUUCGGCUACAGCACCGAAAUCCUCCCCUAUUCGCUGCGCGCCAAGGGUCUUACGGCGGAAAUGCUCUCUAUCUACGGCUCCCUCGUGAUUCUGGCCUUUGUCAACCCCAUCGCACUAGACAAUAUCGGCUGGCACUACUACAUUGUGUUCUGCGUUAUUCUUGUCUUCAUCGUGGUGAUUACGUGGUUCUUCUUCCCCGAGACAAAGGGACAUAGUUUGGAAGAGAUCGCGGAGAUCUUCGAUGGAGAGAGGCCUAGGCCGAUGGUUGAUAGUCUUGUGGCGGAAAAACAGGAGAAUAGUGGGGGGGCAAUUGAUGUCGAGCAUGUGACGAAGGUUUGA